AUGGCGGGCAUGUGGUCGAAUCAGUCAAUCAUCCCGACAUUUGAUUGUAAUUUUACCAAAAAAAUGCCAUUUUUUGACGACGAGGCGUCACAAGUCAUCAUGGUCGGCGCGACGGCGACUCAAAUGCCCAGAUCCUCUAACCACCCUGGCGCGCCCGUCGGCGUGCGCGAUAGUUCUCGGCAAGCGUCAUCGUCCACCCGAAGCAGCUCGCUCGUGCCGGAGCAGCUGACUCAGCUGACCAACGUCAUCGCGAAGCCCACCACCGCGGCCGUGGCGCAGCAAAUUCCCUUUCUCCCUUCGUUCGAUCAUGCUGGCUCUUUCUAUGCUGGCUCCAGCAUAGACCAGCCGUGGAGCGCCGAGGAGGACGCCCUCCUGCACAGCUUCGUCCAAACGCUCGGCCACCAGUGGAAGAAGAUCGCCGAGCUGCUGCCCGGCCGCUCGAAGAGCUCGACCAGAAACCGCUGGAUCCGCAUCGGCAAGGCGGCCUUUAAGGCGGCUGGCAGCGCUAGACCAAGCAGCCAGGGCUACCUGUGCCGCCGCUGCGGGCUUCCGAAGAAGGGCCACCACUGCGGAGUGCCGGCAGAGGAGCAGCCCGUGCUUCCGUCGAGCGCCCCUGUGCCGCUAGGCUUCGACCUGCCCAGGCGGAGGUCGGUGUCGGAUGCGGCGGCCUCGCUCGCUGCGGAGGCUCCACCGAGGAUUGUCCUCCCCGUCGUCAUGGCCCAGCCCCUCGGCGUUUAUAUGCCCGACUCGCCGCUGACCGGCGGGCCCUCGGUCGACUCGGUCGAGCGCAGCUUCCUGUCGGAGCUGCAGGCGUCGCUAGAGCCAGCGGAGCAGCCCGCCGCCGCGGCGUCACCCCUAUUCGCGGCGGGAGUGUGCCUUGCGGCGGCGGCUCCGGCCGCGGCACCCACGCAGCCUGCGGCGGAUCCGACAUCUGUGUAUCUAAGUCUCGACAUACUCGCAGAAGAGAGCGAGGCCGCGGCACAGGCUCUGGCGAGGCGAGUGCCGGUGGUAUGGGCAGAUAAGGCGGCCCCCGCGGCCGACGCGAGGAAGGGGCAGGGGCCUCUCUAG